GAAACGCAAGAGCUAGAAAUCAAUUCAUUUUUCUACUUGUAACGUUCAUGGCAAGUAAAUCAAUUGAAUGGCUCGAAAAAGCCAUUUCAGAACAAUUUAUUAAUCAAUAUAAUUAUGAAGAGUUUUAUGGGUAUCAAAUCCUUGGUGAAGGUGCAUCUGGGGAGGUGCGCAAAUUUGAAUGGAAGAAUUAUAAUUUAAUGGUUGUUCAUAAAAGUUUAAAAGGUUUCACUGAAAUGGAUGAAAUGAAUGAAGAAAAAAUUAAAACUCUCGUUAAAGAGCAAUAUGAAUUAGCUUUACAUAUUGAAAAACUUCAUAUGAAUGCAAGUUCUGAUGACAACUUAAUUCAUAAAGUUUCUUUGCAUCAAAGUGAUCAAAAUGAUAGAUUGGUUUAUAUAGAUAGAGUUAAUUUAAAUAUCGAUAUCGAUAAAGUUAAUUUAAAUCGUCAAUUUUCGAAUCAAACAAAUGAUAGAUUUCAUUAUGCAAAAUCAAAUUCGGAUAGUCAAUUAAUUCAUAAACCUUCUUUAAUGUCAGAUUAUAGUUUACCUUAUGAUGAUGAUUUAGUUAGUUCGGACAUUAAUUAUCAAAGAAUGAAUUCGAGUAAUAAUUUAGUUAGUUCGGACAUUAAUUAUCAAAGAAUGAAUUCGGGUAAUAAUUUAGUUAGUUCGGACAUUAAUUAUCAAAGAAUGAAUUCGGGUAAUAAUUUAAUUAGAUCAAGAACCACUUCAGAUAAAAGUGAAAAAGAAUCACCGAUUGAUAAGAAUAGCAUCAAUACAAAUUCAGAUACAAGAUCAACGGAUGAAUCAACACUACAUCCUGAUGAGUUUUUCGUAAAUGAAAUGUCAACUGACAAAUUAAUUGUCGAUAAUUUCCAAUCAUAUUAA